GUUGAUUGUUCCAUUAUGGAUGGAGGGGAUGACGGUAACCUUGUUAUCAAAAAGAGGUUUGUCUCUCAGGCAGAACUAGAUGAACGGCGCAAAAAGAGGCAAGAAGAAUGGGAGAAAGUUCGAAAACCCGAAGAUCCUGAAGAAUGUCCAGAGGAGGUUUAUGACCCUCCGUCUCUCUAUGAAAGGCUGCAGGAACAGAAAGACAGGAAGCAGCAGGAGUACGAGGAGCAGUUCAAAUUCAAAAACAUGGUGAGAGGCUUAGAUGAAGAUGAGACCAACUUCCUUGAUGAGGUUUCUCGGCAGCAGGAACUAAUAGAAAAGCAACGAAGAGAAGAAGAACUGAAAGAACUGACAGAAUACAGAAUAUCCUUUGUACUUUGAGAGAAGUUGGCAAGGUGUCUUUCCUCAUCGAUAUCUGUGGAUUUCCAUUUCCUCAUUAAUGGAAAGAGGGCUGUCUACCUGGUGAUCUCUAAAGUCUCUUUCAGCACUGGUUUUCUGUGAUUCUGACAAGCUAGCUGGACUUGGGGAGUUUGUAUUGUGUGUGAGGGUUUAUUGCAGUGAAACAUCCGCCUGUGGGAUUAGGCUCUGAGACAAUGCAAAUCAACCUCACGAGGGGACAAAUUGGCUUCUGAGUUUUAAAAGGACAUGUUUAGCAACUUUCCUUUGUCCUUAGUAAGAUCUUCUCCACUGGUGCAGUAUGGCCUGUCCCCAUAGAGGGGCUGAGAAGGCAACAAAGGUGACUUUGCUUGGUUCAGUGUCACCCUUUUGGCAUCUGCUUGAAUGUCUUAAUAGUGACAUCAUGAAUGUAAGUUGGCUGAAUCAGAAUUCUCAAUUCCAUGCCAUAUCCCUCUCAUUCGCAUUGCACUGCCCUCCCAAAACAAAGUCUGUUUUGUUUUUUUUGUCUUCCCAGUUCUAGUAACUGAUAGUGCUAUGCCUCCAGGUACCUGGGCCACAAACUGCUUCCAAAAUGUACUCCACAUUUCUCCUGUUCUUACAGUUCUCUACUGCAACUGUGGUAGUUGUAGAUUUUCCUCUGGACUCCUUGACCAUCUAAUUGGUUUCUGUUUUUACUCUCAUCCUCAAUAAUCUGUUCUUCAGACAACAAAGGGAACUUUUAAAAACAUAGAUGGCAUCUCGUUAUUUUUCUAUUUGAAAUGCUCUAGUGCUUUCUCAGUGCAUUUAGACUAACAUCUAGAUUGUUUUCAUUUUGUUUUGUUUUGCCCUGGCUGGCUUCAAACUUGCCACCCCUGGUGCAUGGGACCAGCAACCAGCGUUCUAACCAUUGAGCUAAGGGCACCCAGCCUAAAGUCUAGAUUCUUUUUUUUUUAGAGACAGAGUCUCACUUUAUUGCCCUUAGUAGAGUGCUGUUGGCAUCACAGCUCACAGCAACCUCCAACUCCUGGGCUUAGGCAAUUCUCUUGCCUCAGUCUUCCGAGUAGCUGGGACUACAGGCUCCCGCCAGAAAGCCCAGCUAUUUUUUUGUUGCAGUUUGGCCAGGGCCAGGUUCGAACCCACCACCCUCAGUAUAUGGGGCCAGCAUCCUACCCACUGAGCCACAAGCGCCACCCUAAAGUCUAGAUUCUUUAUUAGGCCCUAUGAGGCUUUGCAUUAAUUUAGGCCAGCCCACCUUACUGAUAUGUCUUGAACCCACUCUUCCUCAUGUUGACUGCACUCCAGCCUACUGGCCUUCAAUGUGUUCCCCUCUCACCAAGCUUUGUGAGGCCGUAUCCAGGCCUCAGAUGUGCUGUUUCCUCAGCCUGAAGUUUUCUACCCUUAGAUGUCACAGGGCUGACAUUUCAUGGCUUAGGAUCUUCCCAGCACUCCCUUUUGGAGACUUAUAAGCACUGCAUCUAAAAUUAUACCCAUCACUUCACUGUCUGUAACACCAUUUUUUAUGUUUAAUUUUAUUU